ACCAUAGUGGUGUGGAGCCCAAAACUGGACCUUUGCUUUGCUGGCUUUAAACUCUCCAUUGUUGGUCUUUUAUGGGUCUUGUCUGCUGAGAAUUGGAGGGAGAAACAAGAGAGAUAGAAAAGCAAGAUGGAAAGGAGAGAGAAAGAGAGUUUUUAUAAGUUGUUGGGGCCAAAGCCAAAAUCUUUCACAUAAAAAGACUUCUCCUUUUGUUGAAGAAAAAAGAAAAAAAAAAACUCAUCCAUUUCUCUAUUAUAUGCUUUCCUCCUUCAUCUUCUUCAAUUUUCUCAUCACUAGUUGAAGCCAACCAAAUUCCAAACUUUGUUUUUUCUCUUGCUUUGAUUUGAUUGAUCCAUAGAUCUGCUAAUUCCAAUUUCAUGCCCAGAUGAAGUUUUUUCCUUUCCUAUUUCCAGAUCCUCCUUUUCAAUUAUAAACCAAAGGGGUCAAAUAGAAAGUGUACAAUUAUUGUGUUGAGAAGCAGAGGAUACGGUUCACUGUUCAGACUUCUAGGGUAUAGUUUAUAUUCAGUGGUUAUUUAGAUGUGGAGAAUUAGGAGGGGUUUUUGGAUGAGAUGAGGGAUGUUAUCUGGGUUGAUGAACUUUUUGAGGGCCUGUUUUCGGCCAAGGUCAGAUCGAUACGUUCACACAAGUUCGGAUGCUGGAGGUCGCCAAGAUGGGCUUUUGUGGUACAAGGACACAGGGCAGCACUUUAAUGGUGAGUUCUCAAUGGCAGUGGUUCAGGCCAACAAUUUACUCGAGGACCAGAGCCAGCUUGAGUCCGGUUGUUUGAGUUCACAUGAGUCAGGUCCCUAUGGUACUUUUAUUGGCGUUUAUGAUGGGCAUGGGGGCCCAGAGACUUCGCGCUACGUCAAUGAUCAUCUCUUUCAACAUCUCAAGAGGUUCACUUCAGAGCAACAGACAAUGUCAGUUGACGUGAUACGAAAAGCAUAUCAAGCAACAGAAGAAGGUUUCUUGUCUCUCGUUUCCAAACAGUGGCCUAUGAAACCACAAAUUGCUGCUGUUGGAUCCUGCUGCCUGGUUGGUGUUAUCUGUGGUGGAACCCUUUAUGUUGCCAACCUUGGUGAUUCGCGUGCUGUUUUGGGGAGAGCUGUGAAGGCAACAGGAGAGGUACUAGCUGUUCAGCUGUCGGCUGAGCAUAAUGUCUGCAUAGAGUCUGUAAGGCAGGAGCUGCAGUCAUUGCACCCUGAUGACCCACAAAUUGUAGUUUUGAAGUACAAUGUAUGGCGUGUAAAAGGUCUCAUACAGGUUUCUAGAUCUAUCGGUGAUGUAUAUUUAAAAAAAGCUGAGUUCAACAGGGAGCCUUUAUAUCCCAAAUUUCGGCUUCGGGAACCUUUCAAAAAGCCAAUAUUGAGUGCGGACCCAUCGAUAUCAGUGCACCAGCUGCAGCCACAUGAUCAAUUCGUGAUAUUUGCAUCUGAUGGGCUCUGGGAGCACCUAAGCAAUCAAGAAGCUGUUGAUAUAGUUCAAAAUCACCCACGAAGUGGAAUUGCAAGGAGGCUUGUAAAAACUGCUCUACAAGAAGCAGCAAAGAAGAGAGAAAUGAGGUAUUCUGACUUGAAGAAGAUUGAUCGUGGUGUCCGGCGGCAUUUCCAUGAUGACAUUACAGUAAUUGUGGUGUUUCUUGACUCAAACCAGGUGAGCAGGGCUAGCUCAGUUAAGGCUCCUAAUCUAUCUGUUAGAGGGGGAGGAGUUAACUUGCCUCCUAAUAUACUGGCUCCUUGUACCACGCCAACAGAAGCUGGCAGUACCUGAUCACGUCGUAUCGCAUGUUUUGCUUUGUUGUAUCAUUCUCUUAUGUGAAUACGAGGUAGCUUCCGAAAGCGAGAAGAGGAGCAAGCCUUCAAUUCUUUAAUGUACACUGUAACUUUUAACUGGAAACUAAUACCUGCAUUUAGCCUCUGUGCCAGAGAAAAAAACCCCUAAACAGAACUAGAGAAGAGUACGAGGUGACGACUAUUAUAGUUUACUAGAUUAUAGCCUGUGCGUUGCACACGGGCUUCUUUCUAUCUGUUUUUUCCUUUCUCUUCCUACCUUAUUUUUUCUUUUUUUUUUCUCUUUUUUCCUAUGCCCUCCACGUGGCUAGAAGAGGAAGCCCCUUUGGGGCUUCCUUUUAAGUAUGUUAUAGAUUUCCUGGGAUAGUUUUCUUAGUCUUUAUAUAAUAGUCUCCUUUUGUUCUUCAGUUGGUGCAUUUGUCUCUUUGAUGUUGUGAAUCCCACAAUGUGCAGAAUAUAUUUCACAUUCCUGUUU